UUCUGCAAGGGCAGCGGCCACCGGCGAGGAACACGGCGCGAUGCAGGUUCAGUGCCAGCAGAGCCCAGUGCUGGCAGGCAGCGCCACUUUGGUCGCCCUUGGGGCACUGGUCUUGUACGUCGCGAAGCCCUCCGGCUACGGGAAGCACACGGAGAGCCUGACGCCCGCGGCUACCCGCCUGCCAGCCCGCGUCGCCUGGUUCCUGCAAGAGCUGCCCUCCUUCGCGGUGCCCGCGGGGAUCCUCGCCCGGCAGCCCCUCUCCCUCUUUGGGCCACCUGGGACGGUGCUUCUGGGCCUCUUCUGCGUACAUUACUUCCACAGGACAUUUGUGUACUCACUGCUCAAUCGAGGGAGGCCUUAUCCAGCUAUACUCAUUCUCAGAGGCAUUGCCUUCUGCACUGGAAAUGGAGUUCUUCAAGGCUACUAUCUGAUUUACUGUGCUGAAUACCCUGAUGGGUGGUACACAGACAUACGGUUUAGCUUGGGUGUCUUCUUAUUUAUUUUGGGAAUGGGAAUCAACAUUCAUAGUGACUAUAUAUUGCGCCAGCUCAGGAAGCCUGGAGAAAUCAGCUACAGGAUUCCACAAGGUGGCUUGUUUACGUAUGUUUCUGGAGCCAAUUUCCUUGGUGAGAUCAUUGAAUGGAUCGGCUAUGCCCUGGCCACUUGGUCCCUCCCAGCAAUUGCAUUUGCAUUUUUCUCACUUUGUUUCCUUGGGCUGCGAGCUUUUCACCACCACAGGUUCUACCUCAAGAUGUUUGAGGACUACCCCAAAUCUCGGAAAGCCCUUAUUCCAUUCAUCUUUUAAAGAAACCAAAUUAAAAAGGAGCAGAGCUCCCACAAUGCUGAUGAAAACUGUCAAGCUGCUGAAACUGUAAUUUUCAUAAUAGUCCUUCAUAUACAUGUAUGUAUGUGUGUAUAUACAAUAGUAGGUCUCCUGGUGUUCUGCCAGCUGGCCUGGGGAUUCUGAGUGGUGUCUGCUUAGAGUUUACUCCUACCCUUCCAGGGACCCCUAUCCUGAUCUCCAACUGAAGCUUCAAAAAGCCACUUUUCCAAAUGGCGACAGUUGCUUCUUAGCUAUUGCUCUGAGAAAGUACAAACUUCUCCUAUGUCUUUCACCGGGCAAUCCAAGUACAUGUGACUUCAUACUCACUCCCUGUCAAUGUAG